AUGGUGCUCAGCUUUAUGCGCCAUGAUGUACUAGGGGCGAAAGAUCGAAUCCUCGCAGAACUUCUCCUAGAUACGCCGACAUACUUGAAGGCAUUUGGAAUCGUGCGGGGUAUGAUCAUGAACAAGAUGAAGGACUGGAAAAGCAAGUUAAUCCGGCAGGUUACAGGCCAUGUUCGAACCACUGACAAACUACUCAAUGGAUGCACAUCACUGAAAGCCCUUAUUGAGGUAUUCCUGAAGAGAUUUAUGAAGGACAACUUCUUUGAGGUUUUCUUCUUUGUGGAUGGGUACCUCGACUUCGACAAAACUGCGCAGCUUGGGCAGUAUUACUGCCAGGAGCUGUAUGCUCAUUUUUGUGGUCAUGGCAAACUCCUAGUGGAUUGGGAGAACUCAAAGGACCGGGCAGUUGAGGAUCCACACUCACAGGGUGCCUUCAUGAACAUGAUGAUGAAUUUUCCAUUGAGUGAACACUUUGACGGCCUCUCUUGCGCGGAGUUCAAAUUGUCAAGUUUCAAAACAUCAGCGAACCGUGAAAAGAUAACUCUGAAAAGGUGUAGAAUGUUUCUUUGCUUUAGAAGUUGCACCACCUCCAGUUAA